AUGAUCUUAUUUCACUCAUAUUUUCAAACUGCUAUUAUUCUCUACGAAGUAUUCAUCAAAACUGAUUUUGUAAUUUUCAUUCCACAUUUCUUCAAUAAGAAAUUUGCUACCUUACUUCUCCAUCAAACUUUUCGUACUUCUUAAUUAUUUCAUUUUUUAAUUUUCUCAUUUAAACCAAUUUCUCUUCCAACUACAGUUUUUCAUUUCUUUUAGUUAUUGAGUGUAUUUCAUCUCUCAAUCGAUAUCAUUUUAGUUUUUAAUUCUCCUUUAAUAAUACGGAUUCAACUCCAAUAUUUAUACUCAAUUUUAAAAUUCAUUGAAAUUAUUUCCUAAUCUAAAUUAUUGGGCGAUUUGAUCAACAGAGUUCUACUCUUUACAACAUUUCUUCCAUAAAAUAAAUCCAAAAUUGAAUUUCUUGGUUAUUAUUAUUUGUAUAAAACUUUUUGCUCUUCUAACUGUUUUCUCAUUUCUUUGAUCUCUCAGUAACCUUAUUUUGUAAGUUAUCAGUCUCUCAUCAACUUUCAAGUCUCAUUAAACCUCUUAAUUUUCUCCAAAAUACUUUAUUUUUCAUUCUCAAGAACUUAUACUCCAUCAUUCAAAAUUUAUUAAUCAACAACCAUAUUUUCUAGUACUACCUUAUAUUAUUCAAUGUCACACAAUCAGAAUAGAUUUAAGAGUUCUCUUAAUAUAGCUUCCACCCAUCAAUCUAUUUAUGGAUACUAUUGUAUAAGAAAUAUCUGA